AUGGUAGACUCCUGUACUCAAACAGAGCCAGUCCGGUAUACAAAGUCAAUAACUACAACCACCAUUGUCAGAGAGAAUGGGGGAAAAAGUCAUCACCGUGAAGAAGGAGAAAAUGUUGUAGAAAGCAGACUUGUGACAUGUAGUUGGGAUGAUGAUGUUGCACUAGUGGCACAAAAGUGGGCGGAGAACUGCGAGUUAAAGCAUGACGGGAAUUAUCAGAGGCGGAUCCCAGGGCGAUUUUCUACGGGACAGAAUUUGUUGUGGGCAAGAUACAAAUCUACUUGGAAUGUCACCAUCUACUCAUGGUAUGCUGAGGUCUAUGAAUUCACUUAUGGAAAACCAAUUCCGCCAGGAGUUGGUCACUAUACUCAGAUUGUAUGGGCAGACUCCAUAAAAGUGGGUUGUGGCUACGCCCACUGCCAAGCGAAAGGAGUACACUACUAUGUGUGUAAUUACUCUCCAGCGUGA